GAAAAUUUUCUCUAAAUGGUUCACAAGACAAGCGACAUGGGAGCAUACUCGCACAACAAGAAAUGGUCAAGAAAUGGUCAGCCGGCAACUGACCGAUCUGGUUACAGAAAACAGACUGACAACACGAUGUCCAGCCGAGACUUAACACACUCGUGCUGGUCGUAACUAAUCCAUUUAUCGCUCAGAGUACGCGCAUGCCUAAAGGAAAACUGUCCGCUUUCGACUAAAAUGCGCUGAUCAGAAACAGGAGUAGGUUUACUACUACUUUCAGAGACCGGCCAAUGAUUUUUAUAGAUGAGAGUAAGUAUUCGCGCAGACACUGGGUAUUUUGGCUACAUCUCCAGAUUCGGACUGAGCGCUGGCACAUUUGCUCUUAUUUUACUACCGUCCUCGUGACGCACGUUGACACCCUAGGAUCCUAAUUAAUACCGUCCAAAUAAACGACGACUGACGCACCGCGCCGAGCCUGGAAGGGCGCCGCAGAUCGGAUCAAUAGGUUAAGUGCGGAUUACCCAUAAGAACGUUCAAUACUGAAAAAAGCUGGUCUUAUGCAAUGUAGUUUGAAAGUUAAAUCUGAACAUUAACUGACAGUCUCAGACCGGAAUCUUAAGAAAAAUCAGCGCGUUCCUGCUACCUUCAUUGCUUGAACAGUAAGAGAGCAAUUUUUCUGUUGUCAAGAAACUAUUUCCAGAUACUUAUGCAUAGGAAAAGUCAAUUUGAUUGAUUACCCGGAGCUAUUAAUACCCUUGACGCGUUUAAAAAAGAACCCACUAAAAAGUAGACAACAGAGCAAUCUUGAAGCUUCAAGCGAGGGAGUCACAACAGGGACACGAAGAUACUCAGCAGCGUCAUCGGAUUUUUGUAAUCAAUCUGCUAUACAUUUGAACCUAGCGAUCUCAGAAUAAAUCCUUAUUAACUCUGCUUUGGACAAGUAGAUUAGAUGUCGCAUGCUGCUUCAGGGGACCCAAGGACACUCGGCUAUCUGAUUCGUUAAUAGUUACCCUCUAAGGCGCCUUUUGGUAAUUUUUGAAUAGCUCGCCAGGUACUGAGAAGAUCUAAGAAGUCUUGGUGAUCGAUACGACUGAGAGGUCCGCGAUACAAGUACGCACAGAAGUCACACGUCCGAUAAACUGCCAUAACAGAAAACAAGCUAUGCUUGUAGUGGACAUGGAAUUCCGGCACUGCAUAUCAGUUAUACUGCUGUGUUGUAAAGUCAAGAUAUAUCUACAGUAAAAAGGAAAACCGCAAUAUGAACGCCUUAUUUUCCCUAUGCAUUCAUACGGUUAUGAUAUUUAUAACAGUAUCCUUCGCUGCUGAAAAAUCGGACAAGAAGGAACACACGGAGACAACACAGAGUCCGGCGUUUCAUGGUUUUUCUAACAAGGAUACAGCCUCGGAAAAAGAUCCGCGGAAUCCUGUCCCCGGUCAUGUUUCUGGGAGAGUUUACAGAAAUACAGUUGUCAAAAACGCAUCUGAAACAAAUAAUGACGAUGUCAAAGGGGGUUCCUGGACCGUAUAUCCCGAGGAUGAUUCUCCUUACGUCUCAUACAACGCUACUGCCACAGAAGUCGGAAAUUACCAACCAUUGUGGCUUCAACCGGACCACGUACACCACGGGGUCAGUGACACGCCGGCCAAGUCCAAGAAAGGCCGCCCAGUAAAAGUUUUGUACAUUGGGGGGUUCUUUGAGCUUUCAGGGGACCCUCGCAUGGCAGCUAUGGGACUGUCCGAAAAGGUCGCGGCCUUAAUGGCGAUAGACCACAUCAAUGAACAGGACAUUUUGCCGGGAUACGAGUUGAGGAUGUUCUAUGGCGACACAAAGUGUGACCCUGGUACGGGUGCUGACGCGUUCUACGACAUGGUCUACACAGAGCAGCUGAUGAUGUUGUUCGGGAGCUCGUGCAGUGACGUCACCAGCAUGAUUGGACAAAUUGUAGAGUACUGGAAUCUUCUCUUUGUGUCCCACGCUUCAUCCGCCCCUGCCUUGAGCGACAGGGAAACUUUCCCCACAUUCUACCGCCUGGCUGCGGCUGAUGUCUCCCACAACGCGGCGCAGAAGAAAUUCAUCCAACAUUUCAACUGGAACACCGUGGCUAUAAUACACGAAGAUCACGAGCAGUAUAAUUUGGCUGUCCACACUUUACAGAGCACCAUCGAGGCGGCAAACAUCAAAGUGGCCCUCACCACCAGUUUCAGGAUACAAGACUCAAACCUACCUGAUAAGAUGCGGCAAAUAAAGGACAAUGACAUAAGGAUAAUUAUUGGCAGUUUCUCGGAGGACAUCGCCUACCACGUGUUCUGUGAGGCGUACAGGCAACAGAUCUACGGGCUAAAAUAUGUGUGGCUUCUGGUUGGUGAUUUUACCAGCCAAUGGUGGGAGAAGUCGCAUAACUUCUCUGAUUGUACAGAGCAGGAACUUACAGAGGCAGUCAAUGGAUAUUUUGCGGUUAACAGCUUGAAUUUCAUCGUUGGCAACAGCAAGUCAACCUCCGGUUUGACCAACGAGAAAUUUGAGGCACAGUAUGACCAAAAGGCUAAAGAAUUGAACGCGCGAGUAACCAGAAGUGCGCAUGCGCCUCAGAUGUACGAUACUGUGUGGACGAUAGCAUUGACAUUGCAGGCAGCCGCCAACGCUUCCGGUGGUUUAGAGAAUUUCCGAUAUGAAAAUGGAACAGUUUGGAAAAGCCUGUUUUUUGAUAUCAUGGGAAAGCUUACAUUUCAAGGAGUUUCGGGUCCAGUCUCGUUCACCGACACAGGCGACAGGCGUGGCAUAUCUGCCUUCACCCGAUGUCAAAAUGGUGUCAUGACCUCAGUGGCGUUAUACUAUCCAAACAACGACACGCUGUCACUGAAUUGCAAGGAGUGUAAACCUCUUCUUUGGACAGAUGGCCGACCGCCUGCCGACAAAUACUCGGUUGUGAUUCAACGGUCUCUCAUUGACCCCGUGGCCUUCUACACCAUCAGUGCCUUGUGCGGGGCGGGCAUCUUUCUGGCGCUGGUGUUCUUGUUCUUUAACCUCCUGAAUCUCAGGCGAAGGUAUAUAAAACUGUCCAGCCCAAAACUUAAUAACGUAGCGGUGAUAGGGUGCAUAUUAGUGUAUUCCGCGGUUCUUCUGCUGGGAUUUGACGACGGGACGCUUAGCUCCAAAUUAUAUCCAACUGUCUGCACGGUGCGUGCGUUCCUGUUCGCUGCAGGAUUCUCUCUGGCGUUUGGCGCCAUGUUUACCAAAACCUACCGCGUCCAUCAAAUAUGUAUAGGUGCAGGGACAGGACUGGUGAAAAAUAAAUUAUUGAAGGACAAGCACCUGUUCUUCAUUAUCGGUGCCUUGCUGGUGUUCGACUCCGCCAUAGUGUCCCUUUGGGCUCUGGCAGACCCCAUGGUGCGGAACGAGAAAAAUAUAACAACAGAGCCCGCCCCAGAGGAUCCACACCGUAUCCUCUACGUCCGGCAACAUCUUCACUGCCACUCCCAGCAACAGAACAUUUGGCUUGGCGUCUUCUACACAUACAAAGGCCUUCUCAUGAUUUUUGGGACCUUCCUUGCCUGGUCUACCAGAAAGGUGAAGAUAGAGGCCCUUAACGACUCCAGGUACAUCGGUCUCAGCGUCUAUAACGUGGUGGUGAUGAGCAUCCUCGUUGUGGCAUUAACGGCUGUGAUACCGGACCAACCGACAUUGGCGUAUUGUAUAGCGUCUUCCAUCAUCAUCGUCUCUACAACGGUGACGCUGUGCUUAUUGUUUGUUCCUAAGAUCCACGCCCUGGUCAAGUCCAGCGGUAACCCGGUCAUCACGACGUCCGGACUGACCGUGGAAGCUGAGACAAGGCGACUGACCUGUGACGACAGCAAGGAGAAGCUGUUCAGAGCCGAGGUCCAGAAUAAGACGUUCAAGAGCGAACUUGCUGAGGUGGGGGCUCUUUGGAUCCAGUUUUCUGAUUGA